CUCCUUCGCCUCAGAGAGUCUAGGAGUUAGGGGUGAUUCUUUAGGAUGGGGUGCGGGUGUGGAUUGGAUUUGACGUGUUUGAGAGCGAAAGGGGGAAGGCUCGUGAGGUGGUGCUGACGGGGGUGUGGUAUCUGUGUGAGGGAAUGUCGAGGAAAUCCAGAGGGCAAUGCGGGAGAUGGUCCAGGGGUUGGAAGAAUCAACUUGGCAAGUAUGAGAGAUAGUGGGGAAAACGAAACAGAGACUGGAUAACGACAGGAGGGGUGCAGCUGGGGGUGGGGAACUUAAGGUUUUCAGGUGGUUUGGGGCUCCCGUAGUAAAAGGCCAGAAAAGCGUCUGGUACUAAUAGUUGCUAAAGAUAGGCGGUGAGGACACUGUUGGGCAGGGCUGGGUGUUACUGAAGCCCAAGAAGAUUGGAAAAUGUGUGAGAUGAAGGGAUGGGCUGUGCUGGAGGGGCUCUUUCUGAGGCCCCAUCCCCUUCCAGCAGGAAUCCCGAAAUCCCCAACACUUCCUCCCUCCGGGGGAUUUGACCCCCCAUGGCCACCGCUAACAGCAUCAUCGUGCUGGAUGAUGAUGACGAAGAUGAAGCAGCUGCUCAGCCAGGGCCCUCCCACCCACCCCCCAAUCCGGCCUCACCCAGGGCAGAAGCCCCUGGCUCCUCCCAGCCCCAUGGGGCUGGAGGAAGCAGUAGUUCUGGCGGCAAGAAAUGCUACAAGUUGGAGAAUGAGAAGCUGUUUGAAGAGUUCCUUGGCCUGUGUAAGACGCAGACAGCAGACCACCCUGAGGUGGUCCCCUUCCUCUAUAACCGGCAGCAGCGUGCCCACUCUGUGUUUUUGGCCUCGGCGGAGUUCUGCAACAUCCUCUCUCGGGUCCUAUCUCGGGCCCGGAGUCGGCCAGCUAAGCUCUAUGUCUACAUUAAUGAGCUCUGCACUGUUCUCAAGGCCCAUUCAGCCAAGAAGAAGCUGAACCUGGCCCCUGCUGCCACCACCUCUAGUGAACCCUCUGGAAAUAACCCUCCCACAGACCCCUCCUCGGACCCCACAAAUGCCAAGACCACUGCCUCUGAGGCCCCAAGGACCCGUGGUUCCCGGCGGCAGAUCCAGCGCUUGGAGCAGCUGCUAGCGCUCUAUGUGGCAGAGAUCCGGCGGCUGCAGGAAAAGGAGUUGGAUCUCUCAGAAUUGGACGACCCAGACUCCACGUACCUGCAGGAAGCAAGAUUGAAGCGUAAGCUGAUCCGCCUCUUUGGGCGGCUUUGUGAGCUCAAAGACUGUUCUUCCCUGACGGGCCGUGUCAUAGAGCAACGCAUCCCCUACCGUGGCACCCGCUAUCCAGAGGUUAACAGGCGCAUUGAGCGGCUCAUCAACAAACCGGGGCCAGAUACCUUCCCUGACUAUGGAGAUGUGCUGCGGGCUGUGGAGAAGGCAGCUGCUCGCCAUAGCCUCGGCCUCCCCCGACAGCAGCUCCAGCUCAUGGCUCAGGACGCCUUCCGAGAUGUAGGCAUCAGGUUACAGGAGCGACGCCACCUUGAUCUCAUCUACAACUUUGGCUGUCACCUCACAGAUGAUUAUAGGCCAGGCAUUGAUCCUGCAUUGUCGGAUCCUGCCUUGGCCCGGCGCUUGCGAGAAAACCGGAGCUUGGCUAUGAGCCGGCUGGAUGAGGUCAUCUCCAAGUAUGCAAUGAUGCAAGACAAGAGUGAGGAGGGCGAGAGGCAGAAGAGAAGAGCUCGGCUUCCUCGAGCUACCUCUUCCCACACUGCAGACCCCCCGAAAGCCUCCUUGGAUUCUGGUGAGGGCCCUAGUGGAAUGGCAUCCCAGGAGUGCCCUACUCCUUCCAAGCCCGAGACGGAUGAUGAAGAAGAUGAGGAAAGUGAUGAGGAAGAGGAAGAAGAGGAAGAGGAGGAAGAAGAGGAGGAGGAAGAGGAAGAGGAGGCCACAGAUUCUGAAGAAGAGGAGGAUCUCGAACAGAUGCAGGAAGGUCAGGGGGCCGAUGAAGAGGAGGAGGAGGAGGAGGAAGCAGGCCAGGAUGGAGACAGGAGCCCCAUGUCCCCACCACGGAUGUCCACUGAAAAUAAUCUGGAACCUAGCAAAGGGAUCAGCAGGUCUGGGGGGGAACAGCAAAACAAAGGACUCAUGGUGUCACCGUCUUCACUGUCAGAAGAGCCCUUGGCGCCCUCCAGCGUAGAUGCUGAAAGCAAUGGAGAACACCUCGAGGAGUUACCCCUGGAGGAGGAGAGCCCUGUGUCUCAGCUCUUUGAGCUAGAGAUUGAAGCCUUGCCCCUGGAUACCACCCCUUCCCCUGAGGAGAGGGACAUUUCCUCUUCUAGGAAGCAAUCAGAGGACCCCCUCACCACUGUCUUGGAGAAUGGAGCGGCCAUGGUCACCUCCACUUCCUUCAAUGGAGGCGUCUCUCCUCACACCUGGGGAGAUUCCUGUCCCCCCUGCAAGAAGUCUCGGAAGGAGAAGCAAACUGGAACAGGGCCACUGGGAAACAGCUAUGUGGAAAGGCAAAGGGCAGUGCAUGAGAAGAACAGGAAGAAGAUACCUACCCUGUCCAGCCCACCUUCUCCCCUGACUUCCAUGGCCCCAGUUGCUGAUUCCUCGACGAGAGUGGACUCUCCUAGCCAUGGCCUGGUGACCAGCUCCCUCUGUAGCCCAUCUCCAGCCCGGUUGUCCCAAACCCCCCAUUCACUACCCUCCCGGCCUGGUACUUACAAGAUGAGUGUGGCCACACAGUGCGAUCCAGAGGAGAUCAUCGUGCUCUCAGACUCUGAUUAGCUGCCUCUCCUCCCCCUCCCAGCCUCCAAAAUGUUUUGGAAUAGUAUUUGGACGAUGGUGGGAAGCUGAUGACUGAGGAAGGGAUUGACUGAGCUAAUCCCCUUUUGGUGGUGUUUCUUUUAAAAAAAAAAAAACAAAACAAAAAACCAACAAAAACUUAAGUUUUACACAGAAACAUUAAUAAACAAUAAAGUUCUUUUCUUAUUGUA